UCAUGUAACCUAGAUCAACAGCCACAGUACCCAUUUGGUAACUGCUGAAUUACUGAUGAAUUUUGUUUGGGCUGUCAUUGCGUCGUCAGAGGAUGUGAUGUGUUGUGUAAUUUACAAGCAGCAGAGUGGAAGUAAGCGUGAACUUUGAGUCUGGACAUUGGUUUGGUUGCCCUGAGCAGCUGGUCAUCAUUGCUAUGACAGGGUGUCCCAUUACUGGCCAACACAAACACACACCGUGACUUGAGGACGUCGCAGAGCAGCUGGGUGAGGAGCCUGGAGACACUCGUUAUUUGAAUUUCCUGAUGACCUCAGUCCAGAGGAGAGACAGGAGCUGGAGAGCAUCCGCCGCAAAAAACAAGAGCUGCUUCAGGACAUACAAAGACUGAAGGAUGAGAUCGCAGAGGUGACCAAUGAGAUUGACAACCUGGGCCUGACUGAAGAGAGGAAAAGUAUGCAGAGGAACAAACAGAUGGCCAUGGGCCGAAAGAAGUUCAACAUGGACCCAAAGAAGGGCAUCCGCUUCUUGGUGGACAGCUCCCUGCUGAAACACACCAGCGACGACAUCGCUCAGUUCCUCUACAAGGGCGAGGGGCUGAAUAAGACGGCCAUCGGGGACUACCUGGGGGAGCGAGAUGACUUCAACAUCGAGGUUCUGCACGCCUUCCUGGACCUGCACGAGUUCUCGGACCUGCACCUGGUCCAGGCGCUCAGGCAGUUCCUGUGGAGCUUCAGGCUGCCCGGCGAAGCUCAGAAGAUCGACCGCAUGAUGGAGGCGUUCGCCCAGCGAUACUGUCACUGUAACCCUGGAGUGUUUCAGAGCACAGAUACCUGUUAUGUGUUGUCGUUCGCUGUGAUCAUGUUGAACACAAGUCUACACAACCCUAACGUGAAGGACAAACCGCCAGUUCAGAGAUUCACAGCCAUGAACAGAGGCAUCAAUGACGGAGGAGAUCUGCCAGAGGAGCUGCUCAGGAAUCUGUACGACAGCAUCAAGAACGAACCCUUUAAGAUUCCAGAGGAUGAUGGGAACGACCUCACUCACACUUUCUUCAACCCCGACAGAGAAGGCUGGCUCCUGAAACUCGGAGGUGGACGAGUUAAGACCUGGAAGAGACGCUGGUUUAUCCUCACAGAUAACUGCCUCUACUACUUUGAAUACACCACAGAUAAAGAACCCAGAGGAAUUAUUCCACUGGAAAAUCUGAGCAUCAGAGAAGUUGAUGACUCUAAGAAACCGAACUGCUUCGAGCUCUACAUCCCCAACCACAAGGAUCAGGUGAUCAAGGCCUGCAAGACGGAGGCGGACGGCCGCGUCGUGGAAGGAAACCACACAUUUUACCGAAUCUCCGCCCCGACCACGGAGGAGAAGGACGAGUGGAUCACCAGCAUCAAGGCUGCCAUCAGCAAAGACCCGUUCUACGAGAUGCUGGCUGCUCGGAAGAAGAAGGUGUCGUCUCUGAAGGGGCUGUAGAUCUGCAGAGGAUUAAACAUUUACACAGGUUUGACUCCUGAUCUCAGCACAGUGGACGUGGACCUGAUAUUCCUGCUGCUGCAGUGACACUUGGGCCUGGCACAAGGGAUUCAGCCGGUAACGUGGCUCUUCCUUUGACACCCGUCUCGUCGCAGGUUUGAACGUUGAAUCUCUCAUUUCUCAUCCCCAGAUGAAAUGAUUCACUCAGACCUUUUAUUUAAAUCCUCAAACGGCUCCUUUUUUAUUUAUUUUAUAAACAAACACACUUCUGCAGUGCUGCAACCGAGCUGUGAUCUCUGGUUAAGACUCCCACUCCUCCUCAGAUCUGCUGAAAUGAUAUUUGAAACAAGUCUGAUUCAACUCAAAGCAGCUUCAAACAGAUUGUGUUUGCUAAACUGGGCUGCGGGUAUCCAAACAUUUAACUGGAGGGGAAAAAAAUGAAGGAGCGAGCGGGAAAUGAUUUGAGUCAGAUUAGAAGUGUAAUCAGGGUGUAAACACAGACUGUAUAUAAAGAUGGACAACACGUCUCCACGUCCUCCCACUAUCUAGAGACGAAGCCUAACUAUCCCGGGUAGGAAUGCUGCCGUCUUGCACAUUCGGAGUCAGAGUCCGGAGCUGCCUCAAGCCCGACACUAUUGCCUCAUUUCUACUGGUCAAAAAAACAACUAACAUCUGGCUUUUGUCUGCAGUGGGAUUGUGGAUUGAAUCCACAAUCCCUCCUGGGUCUAAUGACUGUGCAGCAGACGGCGAAGGAAACGAGAAACGUGGUUGAACGCACUCAUUGAGCAAAACAAGGUUUUAAAAAAAACUGAAACGAAAACUCUGCUACUGCCAAAGGGGAAAAGAGUCAAUUGAAUGACCCUAGCGCAGUUAGCCACCAGGGGGCGAUCCAGACCAACUCAUCCUGAUUUGGAGCCGUCAUGUCAUCAUCUUUAUGUCCAGUCUGCUGAGGAGAGACAGAAGAUAACUGUGCUUUAUGAUGCUGGACAAUUACGGUAUGAAUCAAAUACUGUUCGUUUACUACAAAGCUUCUAAAAUCAUCCACGUCAGUAAGUUUACUGUUGAAGAGUUGAGGCCUUGAACUGAAGAGCGUCUUCAGUCUGGUUCUCUCUCCUGGCCUCUUUCCUCUGGACGACUGUGUUUGGUGUGAUGACAUAUAAAUGCGUGUUUUUUUUCUAAAGCCUGUUUUCUUACCGCUGUUGCUCUUUUGUCAAAGCACUGUUCAUACAAAUGAAGGCAAAAACAAAAAUUCCUAAAUAUUUAUUCAUCCAGAUUCCUUGUAAUUUAUUGUUUCAUGUUUGUCUCAUUAAAACGAAACAAAACAUUUGA